GCUCAGUAUAGAAAAGGGAGAGAAGUGUGUCACAACAGGCUACAGUAUGACUCGUGGUUUCCGCCUUAUAUAAUUUCAUAUCAACUCAUCUUUGAACUCAGAAGUUAUAAACUGGUCAUCCUUGAAGAAAGGCACAGCAAAGGAGAAAAACUUAGAUCUUUGGUUGUUUCUUUUUUUAAAAGCAUCAACACUUUUGAAAACAUCUACUUCCGGGCUCAUAAUGGCGAACAUGGUGAAUGGUAACGUCAUUCUCUCGGGUUACAUCAUUUCCUUCCUGAUAGGCCUGCCAGCCAACCUCCUGGCUUUGUAUGCCUUCAUUGUCAAGAUCCACUCCAAGCCACAUCCAACAGACAUCCUGCUACUCAAUCUGACCGUCUCUGACCUGCUCUUCCUAAUCAUCCUUCCUCUCAAGAUGUACGAGGCAGCGUCAGACAUGGAAUGGAAGCUGCCCAAAGUACUGUGCUCCAUCACCACCUUUGUCUUCUUCUCCACAAUCUACACCAGCUCCUUGUUGCUGAUGGCAGUCAGUGUGGUUCGUUACAUUGGAGUAGCUUUCCCUGUUGCCUAUCAUCAGAUGCUCAAAUCUGCGUAUAUAAUAGUGAUUUGUGCUGUUAUUUGGCUAAUCUCAGGGGCACACUGCACCAUCUCUUUUAUCAGCAUACACCACCCAUCCCUAGCCAGCAAUACCUCCGUUUGCUAUGAGAACUUCACAGACAAGCAGCUGGACAUCCUCCUCCCGGUGCGUCUGGAGUUUUUUGUGGUGCUCUGCCUUGUACCUCUUAUAAUUUGCGUUUACUGCUACUUGCAGUGCAUCUACAUCCUGUACAGCCGCCCCAGGAUAUCCCGGAUGCAGAAGCAGAAGGCCAUCGGCAUGGCCUUAGGGACUCUAGCUGUGUUUCUCAUUUGUGUGUUGCCAUACAAUGUCUCUCAUUUAUUCGGUUUCAUUCAGAGUAAAAGCCCUACAUGGAGGUACUACACCUUGCUGCUUAGCACCUUCAACACCUGUAUUGAUCCCAUCAUCUUCUACUUUUCCUCUUCCGCCUUCCGCUGCACUGGUGAAAAGUCUAUUUUCAGAAAGCGUAAACUCGCUGCUUCAGAAUUACAAAUGCAGGCCCCAAGCUCAAGCUAAGAGUAAAAUACAUUUUAAAGGCUACGUCUAUAUAUCAAUGUUUUUAUUGUACUUUAUACUACAGGAAUUAUAUCUGAAUGCUUAGACUAUAGACAUUUCUUUAACAGUUGUAACUCGACCUGUGGCCAUAUUUAAUAGUUGUUUAAAUUUACAAAGAAAUGUCUGGCACCCGUAAAACAUCAUGUUAAGUCUGAUCGGAUCCUGCUCAAAGAGACUGUUCUGCUUCCCCCCCGAAACAAUGUAGACAAUUUUAUGACAAAACCUCAAGACAUGUUUUAUGCAUAUGCAAAAUUUCAAAUUUUAUUAUAUUGCAAUAAGUUGUCCUUUUCACCCUUGACAAAGCGUUUCCUGUUUACUUUAACGUGGGCCAGCCACUCUUCUGCACUCAUGCAUUCUGUAGGCACACAUGUAGAAUAUACCUGCAAAAACAAAUCAUAAGUCAGCUAUAAAGUGGUACAGCAAUAACGGCAUUUCUACAGUACACAGACAGGCCGAGUACAAGAUAGCUGCACAAUAACAUACUAUUGGACAGAAAAUUUGUUUUUCCAAUGGCAGUGGUUUUUCAGUUUUCAAUAUUGUUUUCCUCUGUUGGCGAUAACUGUGUAAUAUUCAUACAUAAGAAUUCAAAACUGAUUUUGUUUACUGUCAGCAAGAUACAGUAAUCACGCUGAACUCUUUUCCAUUCCUUUAUAUGAACAAACCUGCAAAG